AAUAUUUAUAUAUUAAUCGUUUUAAAAAUACGAGUAAUUCUAAGCCCCUUCGACUCAUAUUCUCUCUUCCCUUUCAUCUUCUCGUUUUCUUACAGUGUCUCCGCCGUGAGUGGUCGCCUCUCCGCCGCGAUUUGUAGCUUCAGAGUUGGAUAGGAAAAUGCCUAAAGUCAAAACAAAUCGUGUCAAUUACCCAGAAGGGUGGGAAUUGAUUGAGCCUACUCUUCGUGAACUACAAGCAAAGAUGAGAGAAGCUGAGAAUGAUCCUCAUGAUGGCAAGAGAAAGUGUGAGGCUUUGUGGCCUAUAUUCAAAAUAGCACAUCAGAAGAGCCGUUACAUUUUUGACCUUUACCAUCGGCGAAAGGAAAUAUCUAAGGAGCUGUUUGAGUUCUGUCUAGACCAAGGUUAUGCGGACCGCAAUCUGAUUGCAAAAUGGAAGAAGCCUGGUUAUGAACGACUCUGCUGCUUAAGGUGCAUGCAGCCUCGAGAUCAUAACUUUGCUACCACAUGCGUUUGUCGAGUGCCGAAACAUCUGAGAGAGGAGAAGGUUAUAGAGUGUGUACAUUGUGGUUGUAGGGGCUGCGCUAGUGGAGACUGAUCGGCUUCCCUUUCUUCUGAGUGUAAUAUGUGCUAGAAUCGUCAAUUAUGGUUACCUGUUUUGCUGGGCUAUGUUUAAACUCUUCACUGAUCUUAAUCCUUUUUCAAACUGGACCUUUUGCAACUGUUUUUGCUACUUCUCUUCGGUCAUCUUCUUGUUGGGUACAAUCCAUUCUGUUAAUUAACCAUCUGUAAUCUAGCUGUAGUUUGAAUA